GUUUUUAAAAAAUUCAGAUAGUUAAAAAAAAUUUCCUUUCUUAGAGCAUAUAAAUAGGAGAGUGGCUGAUACCUAAAAUGUGGAUUGUUCAGAGAUUAUGUCGUCUUGAUAGGGCGUGCAAUAUUGUUGUAACAGCAAUUCGAUUAAAAAGCAGACUGAAUAAACUUCAUCCAAUCACCGAGACAAUUUUCAAAUCACGAAAUUCUUUUCACACAUCAUGCACUUCACCAUUUACCCUUCUUCAAGGAAAAUCGCAGUACGAAUACGAUCCAAAUACAGAUUCGUUUCGACCUAAAGAUCAAGUCAGUUAUAUCAACACUCCAAACUCUUCUAAAGAAGGUAAACAAAACAAUGCAAGUGCAUUUUUGAAAAGGUUUAUUCGAAAUGUGUUCCUUCUCACCGGUGGUGUGGUUUGGAUAGGAGCUUUGUUUGUGUCUUUGUUUGUGGAUGUGAAGGAAGAAGAUUUAGAACAUCGUAUUCGAGAUCUUGAUGAUGAAGUACGUUUGCUAGCGUUUUACGAUGUUGGUCGGUUUACAUCAGACCUAGCGAAAAUGAUGUCCAAGGAUAAAAGUCUGGACGAUAUUCUGGAUUUUCAUUCUUUUGCAAGUUCUAAACAAGAGGCGUUCUUGAAUGUAAUUAAAUGGAUUCAAGACCAGGAGACGAUUAAAGAUACACUAGGCUCGCCUGUUCAUUUAUGUGGGUUUCGUGCUGCCGGUAAAAUAAGUGAAAUGAUUCAAUGCUUUCAGCAUUUGGCAGAACAUGGUAUUAAAAACCAUUUGAAGGAGAUUGAAAACAAAAACUUAUGGAAAGCUGAAUGUAUUCUGGAGGGAAGUAAAGGAGUUGCUUUAGUAACACUGGCUUUUGAAAGAACAAACAAGCAUAGCGAAUGGGUAUUGACUAAAAUUAGUGUUGCGUUGUUGGAACCAGAUAGAAAUACUGUUUUUGAACAAGAAUCUGCUUUACCUGAUGGUGUUGCCAUGGUUAUGAGUUAAAAAAGCGAACAAACUAUAUCUUGCUAUAUACAGGGUGCAGAGUGAACCUUCAGAAAGGAGAAGGAAAUUUUAAAAAACCGUCAGGAAACACCUGGAAAACUCAGGGAAAUGUCACAAAAAUUAUUUUAUGUUCCAAUAAUAUUUGAAAAUAAAUUGUUUCAAAAUAUUAUAUGCCUACCUCCUCUAAUGCCUACCUCCCGAAAACUUUUCUUGUCAAAAUUUACCCUAUGAAGGUAAUCAUAUGUAUUCGUGAUAUUUAUGUUCUCGGAGAACGGUAUAUACCAUUUUUAAAACACUCUUAUAUCAAACAUCUGUUUUUAGUGGGAAUUUUUUUUUUAUCCGUUAAAAUAAAUUCGCGCGAAUUUUUGUUUUUAUAGCUGUUUAACAUUGAUUUUUGUUAAAAAAAAAAACCGUACCUAAAGCUGAAUGUUCAGUAUUAGGUCCAGUUACAAUUCAUUACCUGUGAAAUGCUUUUUCUCCCGGACCUUCAUCUUAAGCUGUUUUUAUGUCAAGUUUCAACUUUUCCUUUGUUGCACAGAAGAGCGUAUUCAUACAUAUUCAUACAUACAUAAAUGAUCUUAGAAAACGAUUUGUGAAAAAAUAUGAGCGAAAAGAAUGGUACAAAUUUACUCUGUACUCUGUAUUAUUAUGGCACCUGUUAUAAUUUUUCUAUGAAAAAAAAAGAUUGUGAAAUAAUUUUAUUGCAAUGUAAUAUACUUAUAAUCUAAUUAAAUGAGUAUAUGGACUUCUUAAUUUUUUUAAUUUACGACAAUUUGCUUUGUUAUUCAGAAGAUGACCUUGCUUUUACUUUGUUUUGUUGUAAGUUUUGUUGAACAUAGAAAAAAAUUAUUUUAUUCCA